GUUGCAUGUACAAUUUCUCCUCUCAAAAAAUGAAAAAAAGGAGCCAUCUCUUAAUUUUGAAGUUAUGAAUGUGUGCAAUUCCCUUCCCAUUUCACAGUCAAGUCCUUAUCCCUAAGUGACUAAGUCUCAAUUAUACACAUUUCCCAUCCCUUUCAAUUUCUCACCUAUAUAUUUUACUACAUCUCUCCAUCAACAAAUUCAAGACUUGUUCAAUGCCUCGCCCUCUCACCCACUUCUGCUCCCUUCCCAACCCUAAACUCAACCCAUGGAGUGAUGAGUAUGUGGGAAAGAGAGGGACGGCGAGAUGGAAUCCGACGCCGGAGCAAGUGCAAGCUCUUGAAGAGAUGUAUCGGCGCGGAACACGAACGCCGUCUGCGGAACAAAUCCAGCAGAUUGCAGCCAAGCUGAGAAGAUUUGGAAACAUACAAGGCAAGAAUGUGUUUUAUUGGUUUCAAAACCACAAAGCUAGAGACAGACAGAAGAAACGUCGUCAGCUUGGACUCUUAUCUCCCACAAAACAAUCAGAAUUAAGCAGCAAAUACUUGGAAAUAGAGCAAUCUAAGAAAGUGGCUACAAUGUCAAAUUCCAUCACAGCUUCAAAGUACUAUGGAGGAGGAGAGGUGGAAGAGUGCAAGAGUGAGAGGUGGGCACAAUUGGAAUUGCAGCAACAGAGACAGAAUCUGAAACAAGAAAGCGACACAUUAACUGAAACCAGACACUGCACAACAGUAUCAAGAACACUGCACAACUUUUAA